GUCAGUGAAGUAGCAUCGACGUUCAUCAUUCGAAUCAAUCAUGUCUGGACGAGGAAAGGGAGGAAAGGGUCUUGGAAAGGGAGGCGCCAAGCGCCAUCGCAAGAUCCUUCGCGACAACAUCCAGGGUAUUACCAAGCCCGCCAUUCGCCGUCUGGCUCGCCGUGGUGGUGUCAAGCGUAUCUCUGGUCUUAUCUACGAGGAGACCCGUGGUGUGCUCAAGGUCUUCCUUGAGAACGUCAUCCGUGAUGCCGUCACCUACACCGAGCACGCCAAGCGCAAGACUGUCACCGCCAUGGAUGUCGUCUAUGCCUUGAAACGCCAGGGACGUACUCUGUACGGAUUCGGCGGUUAAGCGCUGUACCCUUUCAUCUAACCGGUCUCUCCAGACUUCUUCCCAACAAACCGGCUUUUUUCAAAGCCACCACUUUCAAUCAAAAGAGAA